UAAGUUCGAGUCUGUGCCCCGCCAAGUUCAUUCUGUACGAUAUGUCGCGUCUGAUUUGCCUGUGCCUGAUGCUGGUGGUGUGCCUGGUGGCGGUGUCCGAGUCAAAGCCCCAGGAGCCCAACAAGGAGCAUGUCGCUGAGAUGGCCAACGAGUGCAAGGCAGAGACUGGUGCCACGGAUGAGGAUUUGGAGCUGAUGAUGAAACACGAGCCGUCCGAGAACAAGGAGGGCAAGUGCCUGCGCGCCUGCAUGAUGAAGAAGUUUCAGAUCACGGAGGAGGACGGCAAGCUGAACAUUGAGCACACGUUGGGCAUGCUGAAGGUAAUGGCCGAGCACGCCGAGGACAAGGAUGAAGUCCUCGCCGAAAUUGUUGACGCAUGUGCGGCCAGCGAGGUGCCCGAAGAUCACUGCGAAUCUGCGGCCGCUUACCAGACGUGCAUCUUUGAGCACAUGCAAGAGCAUGGCAUACCGCUGCGGGAGGAGCACUAAAGGAGCACCCGGGACAAUCGGAAGGACCUCUUAAUGAACCCCCACUCUGGAAUAUACAUAUAAAUCUCUAUCUACCCAACUAUGUGUCUAAACAUUGUCCUUUAUGUGUUUUUUUUUUGUCUCGCUUACGCCCUGUACUUAGUCCCUAGAUAAUUGAUAAAUUGAGCAUUUGAAAACAA